UAUAAUCUCAGUUCAAACCGCAUUUCGUCGGCCUCAACCACAAAAAAAACCCUAGGUUCCUCGUUCUUUUUCACAGGGGGGAGAAGAUGAAGUACAACCCGCGAGUGAGCUCGUCUCGCCGGAAGAACAGGAAGGCUCACUUCACCGCACCGUCGAGCGUGAGGCGCGUCCUGAUGAGCGCGCCGCUCUCGACCGACCUUCGGCAGAAGUACAACGUCAGAUCGAUGCCGGUGCGAAAGGACGACGAGAUCCAGGUGGUGAGGGGAACGUACAAGGGCCGGGAGGGAAAGGUGGUGCAGGUAUACCGCCGGAAGUGGGUGAUUCACGUAGAGCGAAUCACUCGAGAGAAGGUGAACGGGACGACGGUGAACGUGGGGGUAAACCCGUCAAAGGUGGUGAUAACGAAGCUGAGGCUGGAUAAGGACAGGAAGUCGUUGCUCGAGAGAAAGGCGAAGGGUAAGGCGGCUGCGGAUAAGGACAAGGGAACUAAGUUCAGUGCGGAGGAUGUCAUGCAGAGCGUUGAUUGAUCUAUGAAAAAAAAAACUUUCCCAGGUUAAUCUGUUUUUUAUUUUCCGUGUUUACUUUGUUUUCGCGAUGGAAAUUUAGGGUUUGGUUGCGGACAUGAGAACGUCUUUGUUUCGAUCUACUUAUGAGGAUGAUUUAAUAACCACCCACUCAAGUUAUUUUGUGUUUUUUGUUAUUAUGAUGAAUAUUUUGUUUCAUGAUUGUUGUGUAUGGCGUUUAGGA